GUUACAUCAACGUCGGACGGAUCUCGACAUUCGUCAGCGUCGCGCUCGAAAAGUAUCGCUUUACUAAGCGACGGACAAUUGCCGAUCGAUAAUCGAUCGUGUGUGCAUCGUCAGUGACUGAGCGCCGUUCGUGAAUGUGUGCGAUUCUUGUAUUUCUAUCGUCGGUGUGAUUAAUUAGUGCUACGGUUUUCCAUUCCUCGUCAGCGGAGAUCCGCCAAGAAGAGGAGCAAUUAAAAUCGGCACGUUUUUCGCUCGCCGGGGCGACAUGGGCCGCCUCCGGUUGAUUUUGUUGCUGAUGCUGGUGACGACGACGCUUUUCGGCGUAUCGUUCGCGCAAAACAAUCCGUUAAAGGAUCCAAACAUAUGUGGCAGGCCAGAGUGUAAAGAAGGUGGAAAAUUUGUAUACCGACCCGGUAUCCGACAUAACUACAAAUAUGCGGUUAACGUGAGUUCGCUGUUCGUGGGCACAAGCAAAAACGAAUCGAGCUUAUUUAUUGAAGGCGACGUUCACUUAGACUUCAUUUCCCAUUGCGACGGCAUCCUAACACUAAGCGAUGUAACUCUGCGUAAGAGUUUCAAGUCGCAAGGUGUCGGCGACAGCAAAGAAAACACCGCAGACCCAGAACGGCUAAAUGUAUGGUCGACGGAGAAUGAGGAUGAGACGCUGCAUGAGCACAGCCAAGCCUUCAGUGAUGUACUCACAGAGUUCUCCAUGCGUUUCGCUUUCCAUGAUGGUCUUGUCACUGAGGUGUGUCCCUACGAAGAGGAAAAAAACUGGGUACUCAACUUCAAAAAGGGUAUUCUCACAAUGUUGCACAACUCAAUGCGUCGUUUCGAUCUGGAUCACGAGGUGGACGAUGAGGAAGACGUGCGCGGACGAUGCAAAACCAAGUAUCGUGUUCAAGGACCCAAGGGAACCAGUCUGAUUGUCGAGAAGUAUAAGGAUAUGAGCACCUGCGAGAGUCGUUCCCGGCUGCAUUCCAUGAUUCAAUCGACUCCUUACAAUUUUAGAGUGAAUUACAAGGGUAAAAGUUUGCUAAAGUCGGAGGCCCGCUGUGAAUUCUCUAUCGACCAUCGCAUCUACCAAAACGUGGAAUGCGAAGAGUCGCACAUCUUCGAGCCGUUUUCCAAUCGAGCCGCAGGUGCAACGACGAUUGUGCGCCAGCGACUGACGCUGAUCGACGAAGUACCAGAGAUUGUCGAAGAACAGGCACCAAUUGAACGACGUACACCCCUGCUGUACGACCACGUCCCAACGCCGAAGCCCACAUCCGGCGAGUUGAAGUCGUCGCGCGAUUUGAUUAAGAAAUUGUGCCGGGUGAGCGCAGAUGACGUUCGAACCGAAUUCUCUGAUUUAUUCACAAAAUUCAUUCACACCGCACGACUUCUCUCGUCGCCUGCGCUCAAGGCGCUACACAACCAUGCUAGCACCUUGUGUGAUAUGGGAAAGAAGCAUGUAAUAGACGUUUUGCCGUAUCUCGGCAGUGAUGCUUCCAUAGAACUGAUGAAAACAAUCGUUUUAAAUGAUGGCGCGCCCGAAAAUGUUAUCCGCGAUUGGAUGAUGUCAAUAGCAUUAGUUCCAUUACCCUCUAAAGCGAUGGUAACGACUGCAUAUGAACUCCUUCAAGGGAAAAAGGACCCAGCAACGGUGUUGGCCAUCUCGUCGAUGGCACACACGUACUGCAAACAAAACGUCGAUUGUCGCAUGGAUUCGGACGCCAUCGAUGGCAUCAUUCAACUUUUAGAAGACAGGGCAAGCGAAGCAUAUAAUUCGCAUAAAGGAGAUCGCAAAACACAGGAGACGCUUUUGGUCGCGUUGAAAGCGCUUGCCAACGUUGGUGUUGCCUCGGAGUCCUUUAAAGAGGAACUGCGUAUGAUGACAGAGGAUGUUCAGCUGGAUGUGGCUAUUAGAGUUGCCGCAGUCGAAGCGCAUCGCCGGUUACCGUGCGAGGAAACGCGCCAAUAUUUUGAGAAUUUCUUCCGCAAUGAAAACGAGGACUCGGAGGUUCGUAUUGCUGCGUAUCUGCAGGUAAUGCGCUGUCCAAACUAUCUCGUGAUAAGAACGAUUAAGCACAGUCUGGAGUAUGAAGAGGUGAAUCAAGUGGGAUCUUUUAUUUGGAGUCAUUUGCACAAUUUAUUGAAGUCAUCAAUUCCGAGCCGCGUAGAGAUCCAGGGUCUGCUCUCCGACAAAGAUCUGACUAAAAAGUUUAGCAGCGACGUGCGCAAGUUUUCCCAUAACUACGAGGGCUCAGUUUUUUUCGAAGAAUAUAAUGUUGGCGGAAACUACGAGAGUAAUGUAAUAUUUUCCCAAAAUUCGUACAUUCCUAGAUCCGCUAUGCUGAACGUGACCGUUGAUUUAUUCGGCGAAUCUAUCAACCUGCUAGAGGUGUACGGUCGACUCGAAGGGUUUGAGCAUUAUGCAGAAUCGAUUUUCGGGCCCAAAGGAGAAUACGGCGCAAAAAAUCUACGAGACAAAAUUCCUCAAAUGCGCUUCCGUCGCGACGCUCCCGACGGUAACGAAUACGACAAUGCCAUAGACCAGUUGGGCUACAAGAUGGAUAACAAUUUCGGAUCGCCUAAGGUGGCCCUGGGAAUGAAAUUAUUCGGCAAUGAGCUCAAGUAUGCGACAUUUAAUGGCGAUGAGGAGAUUCGCACGGCACUGCAAAAUCUGGAUCCAUUCGAGCACUUAAAGCGCAUUCUCUCCGGUAGGGAGAUCAAUUUCAACAAAGCGGCGAUGUUUCUGGACACCAGCUACGUUGUGUCGAGUGGUGCUGGUCUGCCCGUCACGCUCAACGCGGUUGGUACGACGUCCAUUAAUCUACAAUUAAAAGGCUCAUUGGACGCUGAGAAUUUCUUGAAGACCAAGGAAAUGGAUGUGGGCACGAGCAUCAAUCCAAGCAUCGCACUUGACAUCGUCGGCACUAUGUCAGUAGAUGCGUAUUUCGCAAGCACAGGCAUCAAAUUAAAGACUAGCAUGCAUACAACCACUGCUAUCGACGCACACUUGAAAAUCCGAGGCAUGAAGCUACUGAGUAUCAAGUUUGGUUUGCCCAAAACUACCAAUGAGAUUAUUGGUGUCAGGUCCGAAUUGAUAAUUAUGAAAGGCAGCGGAGAGGAGCUGCAGGAAGGCAUUGAGAAAUACCGUGUGCAGGGAUCAGCGUGUACUUGGCCCGCUGUGGACAAGACCCUGGGUCUUAAGCUAUGCGCAGAUUAUCAUUUCGCGAACGUGACUGACAUCGCCAACGUACCGCACUUUAUCAUGGCAGGACCGGCUGGAUUCAGAUUGUCUCUACAAAAAUCUGACCCAACUGCAAUUACUUAUUUGCUCGAAUACAAAUGGGAAGAGACACCCGCGAGUAGUUACAUGAGUCUUACACUCGACACGCCUGAUUCUAGCAUUCCGCGCAUCAUGGGUGCAAAUAUGACCAUUGAUAAGGAAAGUCAAAACCUUACACUUUUACUACGCUCAACUGAAGGGACUGUGCUCGCCCGCGGCAAGUAUAAAAACACCGAUACGGAAAAGUACCUCCAAUUGGGACUGGAUAUCAACAAUCAAAAAAACUUUGACGCUCUCUUAUCGCUGGAAAAACAAGAAAUCCGCAACGGAUUUUUAUACGAGCCAAAGUUAUACCUGGGUAUAAACGAGGAGCGCGUUGCCGACCUGCAGGGUUCGGUGAAACUAAUCUCAAAAGCAGGCAUUUCGCAAUACGACGUCGACUUGAAAUUCAAAACAAAGCGGCUUGCAUCCAAGCUAUUUGGCUACGUCUCACUGUCGAAAACAUCCGUAACAUCCACUUUAAAGCUGGACUACAAAUUCGUGGAUAAGAGAGAACACGAGGUGUUGGUAGAUGUAACACUGGCCAGACGCUUCUCACCUAACAUGGAAGUGAUUACGGCCGAAGCUAAAGUGGCGGCCAGUGCGUACCCGAGCUACAAUUUUAAUUCCACAUUAACAUUACAGCGAGCGGCCGGUCACAUUCUACUGAAAGGCCUUUUGAACGCCAGUCCACAUCUCAACAAGAACCUGACAGUGGACAGGGAUAUGCUCACAAUGAACGUUUUCCUAACAUAUAGAUCGCUCAAGAAUGGCACCCGGUUUAAAGCGAGUGCAUCUUUAUUUCGCGAGAAGACAGAGCUGGACGUCAAAGCGUUAUUGUCGUACGCCCAAAUGGGUUACGGCACGGACGUAACGGCGCUGGUGCGUACCGGUCGGGACAAAGAUGUGAUCAUUAGCGUUUAUUGGUAUCAUCCACGUCAAAUGCUUGAGCUGUACGAAGGUCGUUUAAAUGUUACAAUACCGACGUUCAAACCGAUGGUACUCGAAGGCAAGUUAAAAGAGAAAAACUCCGGCGACUAUACGGUUGAAUUAGACUGCAGUUGGUUUAGCGGACAUAAGUUUGACGUCAAGGGACUCUACCAAGACCGUAGCACGGACCUCGAGGCAAUUCACCACCUUAAAUUACUUGUGCAAUCGCCCAGUUUUAGUGAGAUCAAUGCAGAUUGCUAUUACCACCGCAACAACACCGUAUUCAAGAUAGACAUUAAGGCCGAUCACAACGACGAUCAAUACGGGCUGAAUGUGCUCCACAUCCAAACUUCGGCGUACGAAAUAAUGAGUUCAGGACGGCUGCUGUACAAGGGCAAACUUUACUCAAUUAGUAGUUUGAUAUCACUGAAAGAGAAACGGGAGAUAUCGCUCGAACUCCACAUUGACCAGCUAAGAGAUAUCUCUGUAUCUUUGUGGGCGAAUAAUAAGGAAACUCACAAGGAGGCGGGUUUUGAUGUCAAAUGGGAUGCAAAUCGGGAUCCCAACCAGAAACUGGUGGUCACCGUCUACUACGCCAACGCCAAACCGUACAACUAUGAUGCUAACUUCUAUAUUUCCUAUCCGGGCCGGACCAUUAAAGGAUACUUUACGUUUGAUUUGGAAGGUGGACAUUUCGACACUACCACAGGAAUCACAUGGGGACCGGAUGAUUCUUUGUCCCUGCAACUUUCUAUUGACUUGAAGAAUGAUGAAGAGUUAACCAUGCUGGAGAUCCGAUCGCUGGUAUUGACACCGUUCGAUGACUGGCGUCGAACGUCUUUAAAUGGCGGGUUCAGCCACAGAGGUAACAUGUAUCGCGCCAACGGCAGUAUGUACUGGCAGCACGAUCAGCACGUAUCCAUCGAUCUCUUCGGAGAUUACGCGGCGACGGCAUCGACGCUCAAAUGCGAAUUUACAGGCGCGCUCGACAGCACCGUGCGCGAUAUACCGUCGUUAAGUGCCAGCGUAAAACACAGUCACAACAGCACCAAAGUCGAUUCGGAGGUUCACAUGAUGUACCAACCGAAGCAGAAGAUAGCCGUAACGAGCUCGUGGCAGAUCGACGAGGAUUCGCAUAUGAAGAACCUAACAGGCGCCGUUACUCUCGUUAGCCCUUUCAAGGGAUUUAACAAAGGGCUGCUCGUGAGUAAGAUUUACGCAACCAGCUCGCGCGACCUGCGCGGAGUUGCCAAUUUAGACCUGGAUCACAAGGAGUUCAGCGCGAGCGUCGAAGGCCACUUUCAGAAAUUGUCGCGUAGCACGCUAGUCUUUAAUAUAACAACGCCAAUCGAAAAGUUCAAAUUAAUUAAAGGCCGCUUCGGAUUCUCCGAAGUGCAGAGACACUUAGUCGCGCAGAUUGAAUACCCCACUGGCAAGACAGGCAUUGAGGUCCGCUUUCUCAUCGUCAGUUUGGCAAACUUCGAUGUUCUUUUCGAUUUGGCGACUCCGCUGGAAUUUCUGCAGGACGUUCUCAUCGUUGGCAAACUGCAACCAGCAGCGCUUGACUUCCGCGUUGGAUGGAACUCCCUGCUCGCCGGCUUUGCCGGAGUUUGGCAUUAUGCUAAUAUCACCGACUUCGAGUAUUCGUACAAGAUUUACACUCCCAUCGAUGGGUUUGAAGAAAACGGUAUCGUCGCAAAACUCAUAUUCAAAGAAGGCUUAGACUUUGAAGUUUCCGUCAAGUUGGCGAUGUCCCAGCUGGGAGUUAUCGCAAGCGGCAAGUCAAAUCCGAGAACUCUGGCGGAACUUGGUCUCCGCACGCAGCAAAUCUACAACAGCAAAAAACUGAAUGAAAACAACGACAGUCCUUUCAUCGAAGAUCUCAUCGAACCGGACGACGAUGACAGCGAGGACAAUGAAGAUGAUGACGAAGACGUCGAAGAGGAGGACCCGUUUAAUUGGACAGGUUACGCCGAAGUGCAUACGCUUCUCUACCCGUGCGUAAUCAUCGACGUCGACAUCGAUCAGAAAGGCACCGUCUACGAUGUCGUCGCCACAUUAAGUCUGCCCGACGGCGAGGCAAUUCUACGAGAUGAAUUCGAUUUCGGCGACGCGUUCAACAUAAAGAAUCAUCUCAAGCUCAGUACGCCAUACGCCGCCUUCAAGGAACUCACCUCUAGCUUCGAGUUCAGGAUAAUGAUGGGCCAUCAAUAUCUUCUCGCCCUUGACGCCGACUACCUGAACGGCAGCCGGUGGAUAAAGGCGGGCACAUUAGCCCACUACUUCAAACGGAUGCGCCCAAAUGGCGAGGCUAUCUAUAAUGCAACGUUCCUCGUACACACGCCGUUCGACGCUCUGCCGACGCUCGAGGUGCGAGGCGGGCUUCAGAAGGGCGACCACGCGUACGGCACCAAUAUCACCUUACUGACGAACACCACCGACAUUGCCGUCUUGGCUGGCGUUGAGAUUUUAGGCGAAUAUUUAAAAGGAAGCUUUGAUGGUCAUGUUUUAACUUCCAUUUUGACUCUUCCGGAGUCCAGUGUACGUUUUAUGAAAGAUUUUGGUGAAGAAGACAACCGAGUUGAAUUCUUUUACACAAUGCAUAAUAAUAAAUCAAACAAUUUCAAAUUAGACACCGCCUGGAAACUCAAUUCCCUUAAAGAUAUGAAGACGUACGUAUAUCUAGAGACGCCGUUUAAGAGUCUGGAGAAAAUCGAGGCCGACGUUGUGGUGCGCGUGACCGACCAGGACGCAUUAGCUAGAACUAAUAUACAAAUGUACCCGUUAGGAAUUAGAGCGAACGCUUCGCUCCGCGAUAACGAGCUGGAGGCUGCGCUCGACGUCGACUUCGACGGCAAACGGCAUCUUCUGGAUUUCGCCGGGCGGCUGGCGAAAGAAGCCAACGGCAAACAUCAGAUUCAAGGCGUCUUAACAAGACAGGACAAAAAGCUGCGCGUUACCGGCGUGAUAGAAAUGGGCGACGAUGGCAAAAUGCCGAAAGCGUUUGAUAUGACCGUGGAGGGCGCGGAAGGUGUGCCGAUCACCUUGCGUUAUGAGAUGCAGCCGCGUAGCAGCGGAUUUGUCGUCACGAACGUGAUGCGUUACGGCGAGAAGUUCGCCGAGUUUACGGCGAAUGCGAAUGUCAGGGCGAAGUUCGAUUGGGACCUUCAUCUGCAAAUUGAGACGUCUCAUCAAAUAUACAAGACGUUUGUCGUUAACGCUAAAGCGGAGUCGAACGACGCCAACAGAAGCAUCGCAAUCGACGCCGUUACGCCGUUCGAGCGGCUUCAGAAGAUCAGAACUGGAGCGGCUUUUCUUAUAAUAGGUGAACAAGAGAAACAUGCCAAUGCUUUCUACGACCUCGAUGAUACGUCGUGUCGCAUAGAAGCAACCUGGUCCUGGCUGUUGCUGGAGAAUAUGAGCGUUAAAUUAAUUGGCAAUUACCGGCAGCUGAAAUACAAACGCGAUGCCGCAAUUAAUGCAUUUUACAUUAAUAAGAAUAAAGCCUUCGAACAGUUGAAGAUUGGCGGCAAUGUGGAUUUAAACAAUGCUUGGGUUAUGAGCAGUAACUUGACAAUGUCCCGUCCGGAACGUGGUAGAUACCUUGUAGGAGCAAAUUUACAAUUGCCUAAACCCAAUGAUGAAACACACGUGAUGACUGGUCAAUUCCGCGGUUCACGUACAGUCACUGAUAUUGAAUACAUGGCAAAAUACCACACAAUUAAAUCAGCUAAAAAUUAUGGAUCUUCUGGUGUGUUAUCUUAUAGGAACACCACUCAUAUGAACGCCGAUGUGCUUAUCGAAUGGAAUGAAAAGCUGGUCCGCAACUACCUCGACUUGCACAAGAGUGCCGACAUCACGCACCUCUUGUACAAAUUGCGCACUCCGAAAUUUCAGCAGGAGGCGCUAAUUGCGAACAUGUCAUACUUGACAUGGAAUGCUUUCCACAAUGUCACAGGAGAAUUGUUUUACCCUGGCAAUCGAUCUGUCGGCAGCGGGCAUAUCAACUUCAAGCAAUUCGGGAAUAUGAACGGUUUUAUCAAUGCAACCACACCCUUCCAAGGACUCAACUACACAGCUGCUCAAUUUGCUACAGAAACCAAUCGGUUGACGUACAAUCGUUACAUCAAGAUAUUCUGGCCUCGCAAUAACGCAUUCCUCAACGCGACAUGCACAACCACAGAGGUUGGCGGUUCAGCCGUCGAACGCGACACAAAGGGUGUUGUGCUGGUGGAGCUUCCACUCACGACCCGGCAUGUGGCUCGUGUGGAUUAUGACUACAGCGCGAAGCCAGUCCAGAGCGUUGGCCACGCCACCGUUGUCUACAACAAGGACCGAGUGCUGAACGGGACGUACAAUUGCCAGUCGGAGUCCCGCGCCGGCUUCGAUAAGGACACGAUUCACGUGGAGCUUGAGAACAAGUGGGUCCCCGUCGGCGCAGACUAUAUUCGCAGCUUCGAGUACGGCGGCAGCAGUGCCGCGCCAACCACGGAUUUCAAGCACCUCAAAGUGUAUCACUUACACAAUAGAAGCACGUUUGACGUAACUGGGAACAUGAAAGUGCUAAAGAAGGAAACAGGUCAAGAAAUAACGCUCAUGGCAAUCCACUCUAACCGCACGGUGCGCCUAACGACCAACUAUGAUGUGCUGGACCAACAGUUUAAACAAUAUUCCAAGAUUGAAAUGAGUCCCACGCAUUGGCUCGCGUACGAAAUCGACUUGCGCAACAAUACGGUGGAUGAUUCCUUCGAAGCGCAGCAAGUGCAGAUCAACUUAUCGUACCCUCGGCGAAAUUUUACGGCCGCCGGCUCAUAUAACAUCACCGACUACGUGCUAUCCUCGGGUGUGUCCUUGGACUGGAGCAAUGCUAUGGCCGAGGAGUCGCGACGCAAGUGCGUCGCAGGAGAUUUUGGUUGGUCGCAAGACAAAAACAUCCCCAAUCGACAUAAUAUUCUCUUGGAACUUAAACAUCCAUCGCUUGAAAAGAAUGUCACGAUUCUCGGCGAAUACGAGAGGAAUGAUAAGGCGCUCGCGGAUGUCAAGUUGACCGUCGAUUAUUCGCCCGAUCCGGAACAGACGCUAAAACUGCGCGGUCUGCUCGAAAAUCAUUCGGACCGAUAUAAUGUCAACUACACGUACGGCCUGUGGGGCAGCCAUCCAGCAACCAAUCUGCAAUUAGACGUCGGAGGCGGAGUGCAUUACAGGCGGCGCAGAUUCUAUUCACAUCAUUUGGUCGACUACAGGCGCAGCUAUUUGCCGACGCAGGUCGGCGAAGCGACCACGCGCAUCGACAUCGACAACAACGAGAUCGAAAUGAAGCGCAAAACUCUCCACGAAUUGUCUUAUUUGUGGGGUAGAUAUGCGGGAAGUUUCCCGCUCUACACCGCCAACGUAACAGCCAUACAUGAGAAAGACAUCAAUGCCUCUGGAGAGUUUUACCUCAAUUUCGUCGAAAAGUUGCUACAACUAGAACUGAAUCUCACUGAAGACGGAAGUCAAAGCAUGCACAUGUACGGCUACAUCCCGGAUGCACGCAGUGCCUACUUCGAUAUCUGGCGCGAUUAUGAUGAGGACCGCAUCUCGGACGUCUCCUAUUUUCUCAAGCUGAAUCACUCCCGGCUGAUCGUCGCCAGCCUCCGGUGGAGACCCGAGUUGAAGCAGAAUAUUAAGGACGGGAUACGAGCUCUCAGUGUCGGCCUCUACAACCACACGAUGGAGCGUAGUGACUACUGGCGACAGUAUGUCCGCUCUGAGAUGGCGGAUGCUCUCAGUGAUAUUUGGCAGGACUCGAAACCUCGCAUGGAGGAAUUCAUCGCCGACAUCAAGGAACUACACGUAAUCGAAGAAGAUCUUGAAGAGCUUAAAGUUUUCCUCAACGAGUCGUACAACGCCAACGAAUUCUACAUCAAAAACGUGGUUGGGUUUAUUGUUCAGGCGGUGGACGAACUAUCCAUUCGGAAACACAUUGAAUCUUUACCUGUGAUUUUCAAUGAAAUUUGGGAAGUCAUGGGUGAUUCAGGUGUUAAAAUUCAGAAGAGCAUAAGUUGGAUAAUUAAUAAGAUUAAAGAGUACUACAAAAAGGCUGCCGAGUUUGUUAACGCAUUCUUCCAAGGCGAUGCGCUCGAGCAUCUCUCCGAAGGCAUGAAGCAACUCGUUGAGAAAUAUGACAACUUUAUUAAAGACAUGCACGUUGCGUUCAUACGCUAUGUGGAGGAGUUGUGGAACCAAACCUACCGAAUGCUCCUUGUCAAUUGGCACAAGACGCUCGCCGCCCUCGAACCGAAAUUCAUCACGCUCCUUCAUUAUCUUGAAACGAUCAUAUGGAACGCCGGCACGGAAAUUUUAGACUUCCUCUACAUCCGCAACAGCGACAUUAUCGAUAAUCCGUACGUCAGCAAAAUAUCGAAUUUCACGCACGAUCUUGAUCGCUUCUACCAUGAUAUCACCGGCAACGAUACAAUCGGCAGUGUGUAUAAGUACUCAAAAGUGGCGUGGGACUUCAUCAAAGAGAAGUAUUUUAAACUGGUGCCAUUCGGACGUGAGCUGCAAGAUGUCGUCAAUGAGAUUGUUGACGAAAUCAAUGAAUUAAAGAAAUUGAAAUCUAUUGGUGUAUUGAUUGAUAAAUACAAUGAAAUUGAGGUGAAAGCUAAAUGGUUUUAUGAUUACUUUGAUAUUGAGAAUCGUUUGCAUCGACUUAUCUCGCUUAUUCACGCGAAAUUAACUGAUAUGAAACAAACUGCACUUCAAGCAGAAAACAGGUACCGAGAGGCAAAAACCAAGUUCUUCUUUGAACCCGCUGAUGGAAUAAUGCAUCUCGAGCAAAAAUUGCCGAUGUCAUGGCAUGCGUUUAAUGAAACCCCCAAGUUCCAAGAAAUUCCCGAAUACAAGACAUUCAAUGAUGUACAGGGCUUCUUCAGCACAUCGAAAUUGACUUUCUCGAACUUCUACUACGAUUACAAACCGUACACCGAUCCAAUGGACUGGCUGCCUCCAUUCAAAGCUCAAGCUAUGUUGGUUGGGUCUCAGUACUACGUCACCUUUGAUGGCCAGGUGUAUGAGUUUGAUGGUAGUUGUACUUAUCUUUUGGCAUCUGAUUUUCUGGAUAGGAACUUCUCCAUCGCCGUGUCUUACAAAAAGACCACACCAAAAAGUCACGAGUUGUUGCUGUUGAUUCAUGGAUCUCUGAUUCGAAUUGAUAUGCUUUCAAAGACUAUUCACCGAGGUUCUGAUACACAGCGAGCCGCUCUCCCGUUCCAGGUAGGCGAAGCGUUCGUUUACCAGGAAGCUGAUAUUGUAACAGUUGAAAGUGAGAUGGGAUUCAACUUGCAGUGCAAUAUGAAAUUCGACAUAUGCCUGUUUGAGGUCGCGGGAUGGUAUUUUGGCAAGACGGCCGGGCUCUGGGGUACUAUGAACAACGAACCGUACGAUGAUUUAUCGACGCCGAAUAAAACUCGCCUCGCCACCACCGACUUGCAGCGAUUUUCCGAAAGCUGGUCUCUGGAUGCAACGUGCGUCAACAUGCCGACGUCGCUGGAAAAGGAAAAAGCAAAAGGACGUCACACUGUUGCAGCGGUGACGCCGGAAGUCGACACGCUGUGCACGUCGUUCUUCGAUAGCAAAGUGUCGCCGUUCGAUUCGUGUUUCGACCGCGUGCCCGUCGCUCCUUUCUUCGAAAUGUGCAAGCAUAGUCACACCGCGCACGAGGCGUGCAUAUCUGCGAUUGCUUACAUGAAGAUGUGCGCUUUUUCUAAUACUCCACUCCGGAUUCCAGACGCCUGCGUCAAAUGUAAUUUAGCGAAUGGAACCGAUAUCGAGGAAGGCACAUUCGUUAAGAUGUCGAACGACACACUGCCACCCUCGACGGACAUUGUAUUUAUCGUUGAGGCCAAAGCCUGCAAUAAAGAUCUGCGCAUUCGCAAACGAAUGGAGGAGUUCGUGCAGGAGCUUGACCGAGAAAUAACUUCACUAAAAUACAGAACGAAUCGAUACUCUGUAGUUGUAUUCGGUGGUGACGGAGUCUUUGACGAACCACGCAGCAUCAUUGAAGAUGGAAUUUUCACAUCACAUCGUCUGCUUCCAAAGUAUUUCGAUAACAUUAUGCCAGGUAACGGAAGUGCCGACAUAUUCAAAGCUAUUGCAUUCGCAACUACGUUGAUUUUCCGCCCGGGCGUGUCAAAAUCAUUCAUCUUACUCCCUUGCACUGAUUGUAAAGAGGCUAAUAUGACGCUCGACUACACCACCAUACACCAGUUGCUGUUGGAGAACGACAUCGCUCUACACAUAUUAAUGAACGACGAGUUUCGGGCGAAAAAGACGGGCAAAAUCAAAACCACCUUCGGCGUCGACCGCAGAUAUGCGUACGCAAAGAAGGAUAUGGAUCAGCUGAAAGGAGACAAGGCACUGAGGAAGAGCGUGCAAUUACCGAAGAGCAGUCUGGGUGUGUGCGCAUCGUUGUCAUUGGAAACUAACGGUUCACUCUUCGCCGGCAAAAAGUUGGACGGGGAGAAAUCCGCUCGCAAGAUUCUCGGUGUGUUUGCAAAACGAGUGGCGCAGUCGGCCGUGGCGAACGCGUGCAAGACAUGCGAGUGCACAGCAGACAACUCCGGCGUAUCCUAUAUGGAGUGUUUGCCCUGCUACUACCCUACGCCGCUGGCAAUAGAAUACGGAGACGAAGAGGAAAUGCUCGCAGCACUUCAGCCCAACGACUACGACCUGUUCGACUUUCACGAUAGUAGUGAAUGAAAUGGAUUGCGACGUGUGAACCGCUGUGAAUAAACGAAUCCCACGAACAUUUUCACGAUCAAUGCAGUUGCCAUUCGCUGAAUUUAAUUGUAAUUAACUGUUUGCCUCAAAACUUGUAGAAAUUAGCUGAAUAUUUUAAGACCAAUGUGUACUUUAUUAAAUAAAUAUAAAUUUAUGAUUAA